CAGGGGGGUGCUGUUUGGAAAGGUGUAUGAGAAAUUAAUCCAGCAUGCAGUAGCGCUUGGGGUCCUGUUUGAGUGCCUGCAGCCCCACAUAUCUGCAGGCCAGCUAACAAGUAUCCCCCCACUGGUCAUGAAAGACAUGGUGAGACACUAUGAUGACCAGGGCAUGACAGAGCUUCUUGAUGACCUCAUACCCCACCUUGAUGUCAUGACCCUUGACCUUCACCAGGUGGUCUGUUUAUCCAGACAGCACAGAUUGUGUGAUGCUUUGAUCUUUGUGUUUAACAAAGGAAUGAGUGAUUACAUCACACCCAUUGAGAUGAACAGACAACAGUCGGCAACAAGUUCUAGUAUACAUCAGCUGUUGCUUGACUGGCCAAGCAUAUCCUUUUGGUGUAAUCCCAGACAAUAUGGUUCAAACAGUGAAAUCACAGGUGUUUACCUGCCUGACGAGCAUACAGGUGAAGGGUAUUGAAGCAAGCAAAGAGCCUUAUCCAUUCAUCCGCACAUUACUCCAGUACAACACAAGAGAAUUCCUCAAUGUGCUAGCACUGGCAUUUGAAGAUCUGGAGCAAGACGAGCAAGCAAUUGAAUUUCACCAGAGAAUGAUAGACAUCCUGCUACAGGUGAUGCUGGAGAGCACAGACUUCAGCCCUUCGCAGAUUGGCAGCCUCUUCACCUUCCUGGCAUGCCAGCUAGCCAAGGCUGAGAACAACCUCUUUGUUAACCAUCAGCUCUUCCACCAGGCUCUUGAUUUUUUGUGCAAUCCCGAGGACACAACCCAGCAUGCGGAGAGACAGCAGGCAUUGUUGGAGCUGUUGCAGGCUGGUGGGGCUGCAUACUUUGAGGAGCAUAAGCUUCUCUCUAUGGCUGAGGCUGUGCAUUUCUACCAGGUGUGUGAGUUUGUGUAUGAGCAGAAACGUUUAUAUCACAGAAUUGUGACCUGCUACUUGAAGGAUCCUGCAAGAAAGGGGUACGGGAGGGCUCUGAACACCUUCAGACCGUCCGCUCACUACUCUGGGACCUCGUCGCCUUCUGUCAGCGAGCAUCAGUCACUCUGGACUCCAAGCAGAGAGAAGACUUGUGGUUUCCUCGAUUUCUUGAUGUCCCCAUCAGAGCAAGUACAGGGAUCCCUUUCACCUGAAAUGGAGAGAGGUAUCAAAGACCUCACCAAGGAGGUGCUGGAUGGGAUGACCGCUUACAUCCCUUUGAUGGCUAUUCUCCAGCGGCUUAUGCAGUUCUUGGAAUUAGAUCCCGGUCAAAUUGCUGCAUCAGACUGUUUGAGAAGAGUUUUCAAGAAUCAGUCAAGGAUCUCAAUCCUGAUGGAUCUCAUCAGACAAACAUCCUCCAGCAUGGAUUCAAGUAAACCAGGAAGUGAUAUCUUCAGGCACGCGGGCAUCUUGGAAUCGGCAGAUUUAAAGCUAAACCUGGCUCCACCUCCUUGAAUUUACAAGGCCUGCGAGUGUCAAUCUGUAUGGUCCAUAUGCAUGGGCUUGUUCCACUAAUGGCACCUCCCAUAAGGUGCAUCUAUGCCACAUACUACUCAACUAUUAGAAUGCAUUUUGUGGCCACUGGCCAUAUUACUGAAGCCACUGUAUUAAAGCCACAAGGUUGGAUUCAAGUUCCAUUUAAUUUCAGUCAGUUUAGAAAACGUAAAUUCAAUUCACGAAUUUAAAAAUGCCCUGAAUGUGUCUCAUGGGAGUUUUCUUCCUGUUCAUAAAUUGAACUACAAUUCAUUUUUUGAAA